AUGGUGGAUAGAAUGCUGGUCGCGGCUUUGGUCAUCUUCUGCGUGGUUUUCGUUUAUGGGAGUCCAACAACCCCUCCCGUUCUUAAAGCUAGAUGUUUAGUAAACGGCACGUACUAUAACGCAGGGGAAAGUUUCCAAAAAUCUCCGUGUUCCCCCUGCUUCUGUGGAAAUAAUGGCCAACCAAUUUGUGCUAUAACAGACUGUUUCUUUACGCCUUGUGUAAAUCCAGUCACAGACCCUACGAAGUGCUGUCCAACGUGCCCAGAUGGACCUAACUGCCGUGCAGGAAAUGAGACUAUUUCCGCCGGAAAAGACCACGUCAUCGGCAACAGUAUUUGUAGAUGUACACACGGUCAUCGCGGGGAUAGUGUGGCUCUCUGUCGUCCUAACGGAUGUACUCAUAAUGGAAAGCAGUACCCGGCUGGACCCUUCCAACCGUCUGCCUGUGAACAUUGUCAAUGUGACGCAGCUUCUGGGCGCGUAAGCUGUGCAAUCGCAGAUUGUUUUUUCAGCCCAUGUGUUGACGCUGUGCACAAACCUGACGUAUGCUGCCCUGUGUGUCCUAAUGGUCCUAAUUGUUUUGUUGGAAACAAAAAGAUCCCAGCUGGCCAAGACUAUAUCGACGGUAAUAAGAUAUGUCGUUGUCCUGACGAUUUUCACUUCUCUGGGCCAAGUGGUCGACAGGCUGUCUGUCUUUAUCACGCAACUACCGUUGUCCCAGUACAAACACCAGUGAACUGA